AAGUUUGCUGGGAGAACUCGAUCCAUGAACAGGUCUUUUGACUAAACCUGGAGUCAUGCACGAAGGAUCCCCAAUCCGUCGAAAUUUCUGACUGGGCCGAAAUCGUGUCAAGAACAGCGCAAACAGCCAUGGUAGCCUCCAAGCCAAGGUGUAUGCCCUCGGCAACUCAGAAGGACAACUUGGUUUGCCAUCUCAUAUUUCACCUUUCACCUUUCGCCUUUCACCUUUGCCUUCUAGUUGCCGCAUCAGUCCAGUGGGCUUGGCAGGGAAACCGAGAAGUCCUCGUCCUGAUGAUGAUCCCAAAGCCAAUCCUGUAUUCAAAUCUGAUCAAAGUGCCGUUUGGACUUGUCUCUGUUCUGAGCACUACAGCCGGAGCCAGAGCUCGAGAAACCCAAGUCCACGAUGUAGCUCUGCACGCCUAACGAAUGUCCACUCCUGCGUUCUCGUGACGGGAAAUUGCCAAACGGAAAGAUGAGAGCAGGCAGGUCAUUGCCCGCCUGUCUGUUUCUGGUGUACCUGAUGCUGUGUGCUGUGCGAGGAGGAGGAGUAGUUGUGCAUGCCCGAUUAUCGUUCUUGAAAACACUAGGC